AUGUACCAGAGUCUGGUGUCGAGAUGGGAGCAUCGGACGCGGGCCCUCUCCAGGCUCUGUGGGGGCCCCUACCUGGCCUGUUACUGCCUGGGCUUCAUCAUCAUUCUGCUCAACGUGUACCGAAGCCACAGUAUGACGGUGGCGAUGAAGGCCCAGGCCAGGUGGGAGGUGAUGGACAGGACAGAUGUCUUCUACGCGGGUGUAGGUCUCAUGGUGCUGGGCACCGUGCUGGUGGUCGGCAGCUUCCUGGCUCUGGGAUUCACCGGCACCUUCCUAGGUGAUUACUUUGGCAUCCUGAUGGAUGAGAAGGUGACAGGCUUUCCCUUCAACAUCGUAGAGAACCCAAUGUACUGGGGCAGCACUGCCAACUACCUCGGCUUGGCACUCAUCGGUGCUAGUCCGGCUGGUCUCGUCCUCGUUGCCAUAGUAGCUGUGUCUUACAAAGUGGCGAUACGAUUUGAGGGACCGUUCACGGAGCAGAUCUAUCAGGAGAGGAGUCAGCGCCGCAAGCAUGAAUAACCCCCCCCCCGCGUUUCUGCUCCCGGUUUGGCUGAGGGUUCCCGUCCUAUCACAAAGACAGACAAACGGAUCCACAGACCGACUUACCAACAGGGUUGGACGCCACAUGGAGCCAUUUUUCGGAUGUAAUUUUGGACCACAUGGUUAUGAUAAUAGUGUGAUUUUCAUUUUUUUUUCUUGUUGAGAAUCAACAACAUUGAGAAGAUUGAUAUCACUGGACAUGAGAGUUAGGGCUACGAUGCGAUGAUAAAACGAUUAUCUGAUCUUGUUGCACUAACAUUUUUUAUUUCUAUACAUAAUUUGUUUUCUCACUCUGUAACUACUUGACACAUGUAAUAUGCCAUAGUUAAAAUAAACAACUUCAUUUACAACAAUUAUCUUUUAGUUAUGUUAGACUCAAUUAGCAUUAGGGAUGUAAAUGAAAAACAUCCACUCACAUUUACAAAAAAUUUAAGCAUUCAAUGUUAGCUUGUUUGCUAUAAUUCUUAGUGUAAGAAUUAAGGCACUCAAACACUGGAUACAACACUACAUACUGUAAUGCUUUAUCAUAAAGUGGUUCCAUUGUUUUCCUGCCUCUCUGCUUGGCACCCUACCACGGUUUUACCACGGAACAUUGUAGGCAGCUUUAGACUCUCCUGUCUUUCUGAUCUGUAGCUUGUAAGGCAGAUGAUUUGACGCCAAAAGCGUCCUGACUAAUCCAUAUUCAUCCAUAUUUGACGGCUUGGGAAUGACAACGGGUUGAAGGCAGAUUGUAGCGGGGCUCAAGCACUCUGACAACAUGCCUUCAUUCUUUAUUCUUCACGGCAUGCGUUGUGGUCUCAUAUACACGGCAAUUAACACUUUUGCACAGUCAGAAUUUGAUCUGGAGGCUGCCUAAACGCUGUGGGGAGAACAGGUUUGCUAAGUCACACAUUGAUCAGCAAAAUCCCCAAAAUGAAUUCCAGGCGACUAGCGUCGCUUUGGCUAAAUAAAGACUUGAGCUUGAUUUUUCAAGAGAGAAUCAAGAAAGACAAUGUUUUUUUUUCCACCUCUAUUAAGAGUGGUAUCAAUCUUCUCAUUAAACUCUUGGCAAGAAAGCAAAAAUACGAUAAGUCCUUUAAAACUGAACUAGGUUAGAUUUGUAUUGUGUGUACAAUAAAAACACACCACCACCACCAACUAAAUCAUGAAGAAGAUCUACAACGGAGAACUAGGAGCCCAUCUAAAGAUCACCUUGCUGAAGUGAUGACAUACUGUGACUAGCUACAUAAACAUGAACUUUAAUGAGCUGCAGCCGUUAGCUAUGGUUAGCAGAAGGCUAAAUUACUAGCUCGUCUGCCGCGUUGACGUUUCACUGGCAAGUCCUCGUUGGGAUGGCAGCACUAGGCGGUGCCGCUGGUUCGGCCUUCUGGUCCUUGUAGCGGGCUAAUGCUGCCCUCCAAGCAAGGAGACGCCAGAGGAAACCAAACAGAGCCCUCAUGGAGCUAGGCUAAAGGCUAACCCUUGCAGACCAGCUCACCCAAAUGUUUUCACAGCAAUUCAUUCAUCCCUUUGUGUACUAUAUACUGUAUACUGUAGAUUGUUUACCAUAAAGUCUGUUUUUUCUGAGUUAAGUAGUUAAGCCUUUAAAUUUGCUGCAGCCCUGAGCCUUUGGCUAACGGGAAAGACCGUGCACGUGCAUCUGCAUUAGGAGAACGUCCAAUAGGGACGCUCUUUCUCUCUAAAGCGACUUGUGAUUGGCCAAAUUGGCCAAUGAUAGCUAGCUAUCCUAAAGCCUAAAUACAGAGCCAAGGAGGAGGUACAAAAGUGGUCUUCACUGCCAAAUGAGUUCGCAACUCAUUUUCUUAGCAACUGUCUUCUUCAUCAGUUUUUAUUACGUCCGUCAAAGCAGAAAAAAUGAAUGAAUAAGAGUUGAGGGCCAGCAGUCGUGUUCAGAGAAAAAUUCAAUUCCAUUUUUUUGCACAAAUCUAAAACAGCCUUCAAGACUGCCCUUGUUUUAGCCAUUAUUCAGUGUUAUACACCAUUUUUCAUGUUCAAUGUCAGAGGAGCUGUACCAAUAAAAGCUUUAUACUGUACCUAUGCAAACCAUUCCAAACUGAACCACACGCAUCGCCUGGUGAUGUACUUGACGGGAUGCUGUAUGUAAUAAAGUAGGUCUGCGUCUCUC